AUGGACGAGGAGAACAUGAUGCAGCCUCGAGCGUCGACUCGGUCGCGCAUCCCCCAAGCUGGCCUUCGAGAGAUGAAUUCUGCGACAACGAAUGCUCGGUCUGGCAUGUCUGGUAUCCUACCGCCAGGAACCAUUGCGAACAAAGCCAUUUCCCCGACUCGAACGAAGCCACCCAGCGUUGCCGAAACGAAAAGACAGCCGCCUCUGACACGCUCAAUGGUCGGCGCACCCCACGCGCGCACUCGCGGCAACUCCUACGCAUCCUCCACGACGUCGCGAACCGGUUCGACCACCACCCGACCGAAUAACGGUACCUUCUCGAACACCAUGGGGUACGGUGCGCGCCCUGCAUCCGCUAUGUCUCGCCCGCAGACAUCCCUCGGUACUCGCAAACUCAACGGUUCCUCGAUGUCCAUGUCGCGCCCCGCUACUUCGUUAGAUCUCCACCCGGAUGAUAACACAGGAAGUGUACUCGGAAAACGCAAGGAUUCUGAAUGGGACCAAGAGAUGAAGGAGAAGACGAUGGAGGAAAUCAUGGCCCGUGUCUUCUCGCGCGUCAACCAGUCUGGGCAGGAAAGCCAAGGCCUGAAAGAGGCUGUGGAGGUAUACAAAGCUAGGAUCCACGAGCUUGAGGCUUCCCGUGACGGACUCAACGAAACUAACAUGAAGCUGCGGGUCGAAAUGGAAUCACUGAACCAGCAACUAAGCGCAGCAGAGGACGCACUGAAAGAAGCCCUGCGAGAUCAGGAAAUCGCCAUGGACGACUUGGACCGACGCCAACGAAUAGAAUUGGAAACGAUCAGACAACAGGGCAAAAACGACGUCGAAGCGUUGAAUACUCGUCACCAGGAUGAAAUUCGCAGCCUGAAACGGAAAUUCGAAAGCGAACUCGCGGAUGAAAAAGCCGUGCGAAUCCGAGAACUAGGCCAACUCACAUCGCAAUCGGCAAUGGACAUUCAAAAAUCCGAAAUUGAAUUAGUCAACAAGACUCGUGAACUCAACGAUGCACUGGCUCAGAUCCAGGGCAUGAAGGCCGAAUUGGAACGCGAACGAAAGAUGACCUACGACCUUCGACAUAACUUGGACACUGUCAGCACCAACAGUGUUACUCUGGAGUCGACCAUCCGCGCCUUGAAGGCCCGUAUCGAAUUCUUGGAGGGCGGGCGAGAAGAACAAUCCCAAGCCUUUGAGCAAUGUAACCAGAGAAUGAUGGACGCGCUCGCCGAGACCGAGGCGACGAAAGAAAAACUGCGCAGGGAAGAGACGCUGCGCCGAAAACUCCACAAUCAAGUGCAGGAGCUCAAAGGCAACAUUCGUGUCUUCUGCCGUGUCCGACCACCACUCAGUGAACCCUCCUCUGCCAUUGCUCUGAUGCAGUAUCCCGACGAGUUGGAAGACGCCAAGGAGAUUAACAUCUUGGGCCCCGAGGAGAAGAGCAGCCUAGGCACAGUCUCUCGCAAAAACAACAAUUUCGCCUUUGAUCGGGUGUUUGGUCCCUCGGCGCAAAACAAUGAGGUCUUUGAUGAGAUCAGCCAAUUGGUGCAGAGUGCAUUGGAUGGUUACAAUGUGUGCAUCUUCUGUUACGGCCAGACAGGUAGUGGUAAGACCCAUACCAUGUCCUCACAGGACGGUAUGAUUCCUCUCGCUGUGCACCAAAUCUACGAGACAGCUCAAAGUCUGGAGGAGAAGGGUUGGCGAUACACGAUGGAGGGUAACUUUGUCGAGGUCUACAACGAGAACUUGAACGACCUGCUCGGCAAUCCCGAUGAACUUGACAAGAAGAAGCAUGAAAUCCGCCAUGACAUGCAGCGUGGCAAGACCAUUAUCACGGAUAUCAAUACUGUCCGACUGGAUUCACCGGAGAUGGUUGAGUCGAUUCUCAAGAGUGCGGCUGCCAACCGUUCAGUCGCUGCUACCAAGGCUAAUGAGCGCUCCUCGCGGUCUCACUCCGUGUUCAUUCUGAAGCUGAUCGGCGACAACCACAUCACUGGGGAGCGCAGUGAAGGCACCCUCAACCUGGUCGACUUGGCCGGAAGCGAGCGCCUAAGCCACAGUGGUGCAACGGGAGAGCGCCUGAAGGAAACUCAAAAUAUCAACCGCAGUCUCAGCUCACUAGGUGAUGUGAUUGCCGCUCUUGGCCAGGGCAAAGAUGGUGGACACAUCCCAUACCGCAAUAGCAAGCUGACUUACCUCCUCCAAUUCUCCCUGGGUGGUAACUCCAAGACGCUCAUGUUCGUCAUGGUCAGCCCAUUGAAGGCGCACCUUUCCGAGACCUUGACGAGCUUGAAGUUCGCCACGAAGGUGCACAACACCCACAUCGGUACCGCCAAGCGCCAGGCGCGUGUUCGCGACUCUUGA